AAGCUCUCCGCCCGCAUGGUGCGCAGCUGUGCUCUCCUUCCCCUCUCCCCUCACCGUCCCACUUCUCUCGAUUUGGUCUGCUCGUGCGCCGCUCUAAUGCAAUAGCGCAUCUGCGCCCCGAAUCACAACUAUGCACCUUCCUGUGACGCUAUUAAUCACGUGCUUUGUGUUUGCGUUCGACGCUGUCGCCGCUCCUCAGCCUUUUCCCGAUGAACUCCGCACCCUCGACAAGCAUAUCUCACUCACGCGAGCACCGCGACGCCGGCGUGACUCAGAAGAUAUAUACGAGACACUAAGGAGGCAGAAGUUGGCGUUGGAUGCUAAAUAUGGACUGGGCCAAUCUCAGGAGAGGAAGCGGGCGUACGGCAUGAAUCUGCUCACGAAUCUGGAAUACGACCUAAGUUAUUACGCAUCAUUGGCAAUUGGCACACCCCCAGUAUCAUAUAAUGUUAUUCUUGACACCGGCUCCGCCGACCUAUGGGUUGCUGGCACAGCUGCUGCAACGCAGGUUGACAACGGAAUAUCAACUUUCAAUACAUCCGGGUCCUCGAGUUUACGAUACAUCAACGAGACUUUCUCCAUCACGUAUGGUUCUGGUUCGGCAGAGGGGGAGCUGUGGGCAGAUGAAGUCCAGUUUGCCGGCUUCAAGGCUAAUCAGACCUUUGCGGUCGUCGAUGAGCUCACGAGCAAUCUCCUCAAUGUGCCAAUAUCGGGCAUUCUUGGCAUGGCUUGGAGAUCGAUAGCUUCGUCGGGCGCAGUUCCGUUUUGGCAGGCGCUUGCUGCAGCAAACGGCACGCUUGACGAGGCGCUCUUCGGUGUUCAAUUGACAAGAUAUAAUAAUGUCACAAAUGCCUCGAAGAAUGCACCCGGAGGCACGUUUACCCUAGGAACGACCAAUACGAGUCUGUACACGGGCGAGAUCGACUUCCAGGCCACUCCAUCUGACCAGAGGACCUACUGGUUGCAAGAGAUCACCAGCAUGACGGUGCAGGGGAACACGAUAGACCUCGAGUCCGGCAGUUCCUCCUAUGCGGCCAUCGAUACAGGUACCACGCUGGUUGGCGGGCCGUCGGCUGCCAUUGCUGCUAUAUACGAACAAAUUGAAGGGAGCGCGGCAGGCGCAGGCUCUCUUUCAGGAUACUACACCUAUCCGUGCUCGACGAAGGUGGAACUGACCGUGACGUUCGGAUCGAGCUCGAAUGCGUGGUCCGUUUCGUCGGCGGAUUUCGAGUACGCGUCCCUGGGCUACAACAAUCUCUGCGUGGGCGCGUUCGUUGUCACCGACAACACAGGUAGUACUGCGCCUGCAUGGAUCGUCGGCGACACGUUCCUUAAGAACGUGUAUUCCGUUUACCGCUACGACCCUCCCGCUGUCGGUUUUGCGACACUGUCCGAUCUGGCCCUUUCCAUGAACGCCGCGGCGGUGACCACGGCGAGCGUAACGUCGACGGUGUAUGCGAGCGCUCACAGGAGCGGCGGCAAGAGCAGCGUGGUGCGCGUCGAUAUCAUGAGCAGCCUGGCCUUGUUGUCGGCCGGGAUCGUUGCGGCGCUGAUGUUCUAGCGCGCUGUGCUGAGCGGUGAUAGAUCAGACUCCCUGCCGUGCCAUAAAGCAGUCGCGUCGCGGUUGGGCUGUUGCAUUGCGUCAAUCCCAUACUGGACAGGACACACUCAGGGACUAAAUCUCUGUUAUAAGAAGCGGACCGGACAUGACUGUUGUACAAUAAUUGCGCGCAAUGUUGCUUUAUAAUAUGUUCAGAAACGGUGACUUUUCAAAUAUUCAGAACUACUGGACGGAGAAACCUUCCGCAAGGGUAGUUAAUGGCAUGCUUAAAUAGUAGUCGCGAUUUGUCGCGGACGUUGUAGUUACUAGAGCGUGCUCUGAUUUGACUUUGACUUGUUCUUCAGAGCAAAAUUACAGACAAGUUGAGCCGGA